GAAAUAUUUAUCUUAGAACCGCCGCUCGUCUGAGUAAAAUCAGCACGUGCGAGCAAAUCUUAGCUGUUGAGCGAACGAUCCGCCCAUCUUUAGGGCUACCAGUCGGGAGCACGAAAGCAAGGAGGAGGACUGAAGAACAUGCGCGCCAGCUGAUUCAUACCGAACAUUUUCAAAUCUCUCAGCUCGCCAUACCCCAGCUUCUCCAUCUACUGCGCUCAUUAAAGCUUUGGUUUCAGCUAUUUUUGCGAUAGUCACAGUGCUUGGUUGAGAUGACAGAGCCUUCCAAAGUUAUUCACAUUCGCAAUGUAGGGCAGGAAAUAUCCGAGAAUGAUUUGCUUCAACUGGUCCUUCCUUUUGGAGUUGUUAGUAAAUUGGUGAUGCUGCGUGCAAAAAAUCAGGCACUUCUCCAGAUGAAUGACAUGCAAUCAGCUGUCAAUGUGCUGCAAUACUACACGAAUGUUCAGCCCAGCAUCCGGGGGAGGAAUGUUUAUAUUCAAUUCUCUUCUCAUCAAGAACUUACCACAACAGAUCAAAAUUCUCAAGGACGCAAAAAUGAUCAGGAUGCACAACCUAAUCGAAUUCUCUUAAUCACAAUUCACCACAUGCUUUAUCCAAUAACUGUGGAAGUGCUUCAUCAAGUUUUUUCUCCUCAUGGUUUUGUGGAGAAGAUCGUCACAUUUCAGAAGUCAGCUGGCUUUCAGGCACUUAUCCAGUAUCAAUCACUCCAGUGUGCUGUUUCUGCAAUAAAUGCACUUCAGGCGCGAAAUAUUUAUGAUGGCUGUUGUCAGCUGGAUAUUCAAUUCUCAAACCUUACUGAGCUACAAGUGAACUACAAUAAUGAGCGAUCCAGGGAUUUCACAAACCCAUCUCUGCCUUCAGAGCAGAAAGGCAGAUCCUCACAAUCUGGAUAUGGUGAUUCGGGGGGCAUGUAUGCACUUCAACCUCCUGGAACGAGGGCAGCAGUUGCAUUUCCACAGGUGGGAAAUACUGCAGCCAUUGCAGCUGCCUUUGGUGGUGUCCUGCCUCCUGGCAUAAGUGGUACCAAUGACAAGUGCACUGUCUUGGUCUCUAAUUUGAAUCCUGAUAAAAUUGAUGAAGAUAAAUUAUUCAAUUUAUUCUCUCUCUAUGGUAACAUUGUGAGGAUCAAGCUUCUCCACAGUAAACCGGAUCAUGCACUUGUUCAAAUGUUAGAUGGAUUCCAGGCUGAAUUGGCCGUACACUUCUUGAAGGGAGCCAUGCUGUUUGGGAAACGGCUGGAAGUAAACUUCUCCAAGUAUCCAAACAUAACUCCAGCUACGGAUACACAUGAUUACUUGAACUCGAACCUCAACCGCUUCAACCGAAAUGCUGCAAAGAAUUACCGCUACUGCUGUUCUCCAACCAAGAUGAUCCACCUUUCCACCCUUCCCCAGGACAUUACAGAAGAGGACAUUGUGGUCCACCUGGAGGAGCAUGGCGCCAUUGUCAACACCAAAGUCUUCGAGACAAAUGGAAAGAAGCAAGCUUUAGUCCUUUUUGAGACUGAAGAGCAGGCCACAGAAGCCCUUGUCUGCAAGCACGCCAGCUCCAUUGAUGGAUCAAUAAUCCGAAUAUCCUUUUCCCAAUUGCAAUCCAUUUAGGGAAUUCAUUCUGAAGAAAUAAGGUGCACUUGGAUGAGGAUAGUAACUUGAACACUUCUGUGUUGCUUGUUUUCCUAGUACGCGGUGAAUCAUGUGAGGCCCAGUAGACUGCUGCAAUUGUUUUGCUGGGUAAUGUAUUUUCUCAAGUUAAUACGUUAUUGUUUUCAUUUGCUUGUGCUGUGUGCUGGUUUUGUCCCUAGGGUUUGUUCAGUUCCUCCGACAUUGGGCACUGCCCUUGGUGUCAUUUCUCCAUCUUGUACCAUAUGUUCUUGCGUCCAGUUUUUGUUGAACAUUUUUUCAAAGUUAAACUAUGCAUUACUAGUGGCUGAAUUUCAGGGGUGCUA